GACCUUGAAUCUUCCCGCCUUCAUCUUCGCAAUUGAAGCAACACCAAAUACGGCGGAAGUCCGAUUGAACUUCGCUCACCAUGUCGACCAUAACAAGAACCCUCUCCAAUUUGUGGCGAGUGGGUUUCAAGGAUUACUUCCACCAAUUGAACUACAUUGGCGACACCAAGGCUGGUACUCUAAUCGGUGUUGAUCGAUUUGGCAACAAGUACUUUGAGAACAACGAAGAAUUGCCUCUCCGAACACGAUGGGUGGACUAUAAAGUGCACGACUUCGACGCAUCCCAGAUUGAGCCUGGCUGGCACGCCUGGAUCUCCUACGCCGUUGAUAAGGCCCCGACACAAGAUUCCGCACUCGCAUAUAAACGACGAGCAUGGGAAGAUACCGAUGCUAAGACUAUUCCCAACUAUACCCUAUCUAGAGGCGCAUACAAACCCUAUAGCACGGUGAAAUCGAAGAUUACGAUGUGGGAGCCGACCGCCGUUGAGAGGAAGUAAAGAAAAGAGGUUGUGUACAUAUCCAUUACAGUGAUCAAAAAGAUCUAGGGCCGAAUC